UCAUGCUUUUUUUUUCCUCAUUUUUUUCCUCCAAAAAUUUCCUUCUUCUUCGAUCUCUAUUUGCGAGGGUCUUACCGGGGUUUAUCCAAUUUUCCCAAUCAUUUGUUUUUUUUUUCUUUUUUCAUUUUCGUUUGAAUUCUUGGAUUCCCUCCAUGUCGCUGACUUUCUGUAAACCCUAACGAUCUUCUUCUUAGGGUUUCAAUCUGCUUUCGACGCUUGUUUUUCCAUCCUGGUGCCUCCUCUACUUUGAAUUAUCUGGUUUGAUGAUAGAUUUCGUGUCACUUGUCCGAAAGUUCGAGGGAGUCUCUGCAUUUAUUGGCCAAUUUUAGAGUUUUUCGAGGCUUACAGAUUCUGCUCGGAGUUAAUUUGUUGUCUGGAGUUUCUGGAGGAAUUGGUUCUUUCAUUUCGGGUUGUUUUUGAAAGUCUGCGCAAUUACCAGUUUCGGAGGGAGGAAAUCUUUUUCCGACGGAGUUUCAAGCAGGAUUCGGCCUGCUCUCUCAAUCUUGAAUUUCGGGCCUUUUUUUUUCAUUAAUUAUGAGUUGGCUAGAAUGAGAGUGCCUCCCCAUCUCAGAUGACGUUUGAUUUGAAGAUUAUUGCUUUGGGCGCUUAAUAAUGGGGUGAACAACGCAGUCCCAGCAAAACCUAAAUGACACGAGGAUUUGAAUAUGAGCCAUGGAGGUGGGAACAUUACGAGAGAGAAUGAACACCAGGUGGAUCUUUUCAGGAGAGCUGGAGCUGAUGAUUUCGGGCGAGAGGUAUCGAAGAUUGCAGCAGCACAGAUAUGCAAGAAUCUGGGAUUCCAGGGAUCAAAGGAGUCUGCUUUGGACACGCUGGCGGAAAUUGUAAUAACAUAUCUUAGUGAUUUGGGAAAGAUGGCGAAUUUCUAUUCUAACUUAGCUGGUAGAACUGAGUGUAAUGUGUUUGACAUUCUUAGAGGACUGAAAGAUUUAGAAGCACCAGUGGCCCGUCAAGAUGCUGAGGUUAGCCAUUGUCUUGCAGGUUCACGUACAAUGCAAGAAAUUAUGGAGUAUGUGAAUUCGGCUGAGGAAUUAACAUUUGCUCAGCCAGUGCCGCAGUUUCCUAUUAUUAAGAGCUGCAAGGUACUACCGAGUUUCGUUCAAAUGAGGGAAACACCUCCUAGCAAGCAUAUACCCCAUUGGUUACCUGCUUUUCCCGAUCCCCACACUUACAUUUAUACUCCGGUGUGGAAUAAGAGGACGACGGACCCUCGCACUGACAAGAUUGAGCAAGCAAGGCAGAGGAGAAAGGCAGAGAAGUCGUUGUUAAGUUUGCAGCAGCGGUUGGUAGCUAAUUCUGGUAAUACAGAGGAGUUACCUAGUGUGGAUAAUAAUGACACAUCUCAUGAUACAGAAUUUCAACCGAGGGAAAAUGCUGUUUCUGUGGUUGAACCUCCUCUUAAACAUCCAGAUCAUGGGUUGGUGGAUGACAGUAGUUCCGUGCUAGAGGCAUUUGCCCCAGCCAUAGAAGCUGUAAAAGGGAGUGGCUUUUAUGAUGACGAGGAGGGUGUGAAGAAGGAUCUUCCCAUUGUUAGGCCUGCUGUUCAAUUCAAGUUUAGAACUGGCAAGAAGCUUCUUGGCGAUUCUUUGGAUUUGAACAUUCAAAAGAAAGGUAUUGGUAGAACAGUGUUCUUGGUUGGACGGGAUGAUGAAAGGGAUGAUAAGAAACGAAGAGCCGAAUACAUUCUUAGACAGUCUAUGGAGAAUCCACAAGAACUCAAUCAGUUGUGAAUAAAUAUAUUGACUGGCGUUCAUAAUUUAAUCUAGGUAUUUGGUAUUAGCUGGUGCAAUUGUUGCUUUAAUUAACAACAUAUCUUCCUUGUAGUACGGCCAUUCUUGUAAUUUACAUUGAGUUCCUUGUAUUUCCACUUAGGAAUUUUUCAGAGACGCGCAUGCUUGUGAAAAUUUUAUUGAGAAGGUCUCACGUCACGUCUCCUUUUCAUCUUCUCACAUUGUGUUUGAACUAUUUAUUCUGUUGUUGAGUUGUGAUAUUGAAUCUUUUGCUCCUUGGUUUGUGAACUUCCCUCUGGGAGUUUCAAGUUUCAGUACAGAAGUCGGAGGUAUGCUCCCUUGCUUGGUAAUUAAGAAUGCCUCUCAGCAAUACUGCUGUCUUGUUUUUCAGCAAUUUAGACAUUUGUACCUCCACUUUUCUUUACUUGCUAAUUAGGUAUCUGGGACUUCACAUUUCAUGUAAAAGAUAAAAAGUGCUGUUUUUGCUUA